AUGUUUCGUAAUCAAGUAAUACCAUUUAUUGAAAACAAGCAUAAAAAACAAAAUCUGUUAGAUGAAAUACAAAAGAAUGUACAACCUUAUUUUAGGGAUUCAUUAGCAACACAAAGACACUGGAUUUGCAAAUUAUGUUCAGAUAAACUAAAGAAAGGACAAAUGCCAAAUCGAGCAAUCGUGAAUAAAUUGGAAGUGUGUAAAGUUCCAUCUGAAUUAGAAAAACUAAAUAAUCUUGAAAAACAUUUAAUUGCUUUACGAUUACCUUUCAUGAAAAUCGUAAAUCUAACCUCUGGUAAAUUAUCAAGUCGAUUUGCACAAAAAGGUACCAAAGGGCCACUUCAUUGUGUGCCUUCAGAUGUGCAAGACACAGUAACAAUCUUACCCCGUCCAGUUGAUAAAUCGAUGAUGGUUCGAUUACAACUAAAACGACGAUUACAGUAUAAAGCUAUAUGGGAAGAACAAUUAAUAAAUUCAAAUGAUAUAAGAGAUGCCUUGCUUGUCUUAAUUAAAAUACAUCCGGCCUAUAAGGAAAUAAAGAUAUAUGAAAUAAACGAAAAUUAUCUUACAUCUGAUCAAGAGACAAUCAACGAAGGAAACAAUAAGCUAACACAUGAAUUAAUGGAUACUGAAAGUGGUGAAAAGGAAAAUAUAAUUGAAGAAACAGAAAUAUUGAAUGAAAAUCGUCUGAAAAGAUUGGCGCUAGGCGAUGUGGAGACUACUAUUGAUAAUAAUGAAGAUAUAGACGAAGAUAAAGAAGAUAUUCGUACUAAAUAUAAUAUUGGUACAGAUUCAUGUACUCAGCCAUGUGAUUUUAACGAUUACUUAGUAUUUGAUAAAGAACCAUGUAUUGUAGCACCAGCAGAAAAAAAUAAAUUGAGUUCAUUGUUAACAGAUAAAACCAUUGAAGCAUUAGCUUUUCCUCAUUUAUUUCCAGACGGGAAAGGAUCAUUUGAUGAAGAUCGUGAAUCAAAUCUAAAAUGGAAAGAAUAUUGUAAAGCACGUUUAUUUUCAUCAGAUUCUCGGUUUGCUGCCGACUCAAGCUAUAUCUUUUAUCUACAAUACUUAGGUGACUUGAAACAAGUCUAUUCCGGAAUCAAUAUUGCUUUUCGGAAAAAAUUACCAAUGAAUGCACAACAAAGUUUAGAUGAAACACAAAUGAAGUUUUUAAUGAAUAAAGACAUGAUAUAUCGUCAUUUGCAAUGUGUCCGCGGUAGUCCGCAGUAUUGGCAUAAACGUCUAAAAGAUUUAUUCGCUAUGACACGACAAUUGGGUUUUCCAACGUUUUUUCUUACAUUAUCAUGUGCAGAUCUGCGUUGGAAAGAAUUCGUUGAUACUUUUGUACGUCAUACUGGAGGUACAAUUAAGGAAUCAUAUACAUUUGAAGAAAAAACAAAAUUGCUACGAGCUAAUCCUGUUUUAGCUGCACGCCUGUUUGAAAAAAGAUUUACUAAUUUUAUGACUUUAUUCAUUAAAGGCGGAGCAUCAUGUUUAGGCAAUGUAAAAGACUCGUUUUCUCGUAUAGAAAUGCAAUUACGAGGUUCACCACAUUCACAUAUGCCUCUUUGGGUAGAAGGUGCACCUAAAUAUAUUGGACCUGAAACCGAUGCAAAAACUCGUGAAGAAAUUGUGAAAUUUUGUGACAAAUAUAUUACGACACGAUUUCCUUCAUUAGAUGAAGAUGCCGUAUUACAUUAUCUUAUCAAAGAAGUACAAAGUCAUUCUCGUAAUCAUUCAAAAUCUUGCUUAAAAUAUUUUAAAACUUUGUGUCGAUUUGGAUUUCCUCGACCUGUUGCUCGACGGACAUUCAUAUGUGAACCAAUGAAAAUUGUUACUGAUGAUGAUAAGCAAUAUGCAAAAAGAGCAAAAGAAAUUCUUAGUAAAAUGAAUGCAGCAAUGAAUGCAUUAGAAAAAGAAAAAAUAUUGUCAUGGUCUGAUUUUGAUAACCUUCUCACCAAGUAUAAUUGGACCUAUAAAGACUAUGAAUGUGCACUUCGAGUAGUUCAUACUAGAACCAUCAUGAUCCAUAAACGAGAACCUAAUGCACGAUGGGUCAAUCAAUAUAAUGAAGAAAUAUUAAGAGCAUGGGAUGCUAAUAUGGAUAUUCAAUUUGUACUUGAUCCAUAUGCAUGUGCUAAAUACCUUAUGUCAUACACAACAAAACCAGAACGAGAAAUGAGUUUAUUAUUGGAAGCAACUCAUAAAGAGUGUCGUGAAGGAAAUAUGUCUGUACGUGACGAAAUGAAAAAACUAACAGGUACAUUUUUUAAUCAUCGACAGGUUAGUGUGCAGGAGGCUAUUUAUCAUGCCACUAAAAUGCCACUAACAUAUUCAAGUCGAGGUUUUGUUUUUGUACCAUCACAUUCAAACAGUUGUAAAUUUUUGAAACCACCUAAUAUAUUGAAGGAAAUGGAUCCAAAUGAUCAAAAUAUUUAUAUGUCUAAUUUAGCUGACAAAUAUUUUGAUAGACCAAACCAACCUGAAUUUGAUAUUUGUAUGGCAGAUUUUGCAUCUGAAUAUGAAAUUUUGCCAAUAAGUAAAAAUGUUAAAAAUCCAAAAACACCAAUUCAACGCUUACAAACAUUGAAUUUUGCUAUUAAAAAACGUUGUAAUCGUAAAGCUAUUAUUCGAUAUCCAUAUUUUAACCGAGAAACAGAUAAAGAAAAUUAUUUUGAAAAUCUUCUAUCUCUAUAUUUACCUAUAAGAAGUCGAGAUGAUUUAAAAAAGCCUUAUGAAUUAUUUUAUCAAAUUGGUGAAAUCUUUGAUGCUCGACUACACUGCAACAGAAAAGUAAAAGAUAUUGUAUAUGAAAAUCAAAGAAAGUACGAAAUUAAUGCCAAAGAAACAGGUGAAGUAGAAUCGUUAUUCAAUGAAUUAUCUUUGAAUUUGAAAGAUAAUGAUUGGGCUGAAAUCGUUGCUAACAAAGAAAAGCAUAAUACAUGGUCAAGAGAAAUUGAACAAGAAGAAAAUCCUGACUUUAAUAUGAUUCAUAAAACGAAAAAUAAAAAUAGCUUUGUUGAUAUCAAACAAACAUAUUCUACGACAAACGAGAUAAGACCAUUGCUAGAAUCAAUGAAUAAAGAACAGCAAGAAAUAUUUUAUUAUGUACGAGAAUGGUGUACAAAACGUUUGCAUAAUUCCGAUGUUGAACCUCUUCGUUUGUUUAUAACAGGAGGAGCAGGAACUGGGAAAAGCCAUUUAUUAAAAUGUCUUCAUUACGAAGCUACAAGAAUUUUUUCUCGUAAAAAACAAUUAGAACCUGAUGAAAAUAUAGAUGAAAUUCAUACAUUGAUUACAGCAUUUACGGGUGCAGCAGCUGUAAAUGUUGGUGGAGUUACUAUUCAUAGUGCAUUCGGUAUUGGCACUCAGUCAAAUAAUUUGAAUGAUUAUUUAUCUUGUGAUAAAUUAAAUAGUUAUCGUUGUAAAUUGCAUUCUCUUAAAUUGCUGUUUGUUGAUGAAGUUUCUCUCAUACAAUCAAGUCUUUGGGGUGCUAUGCAUUCUCGUCUUACUCAAAUUAUGGGCAUACAUUCGAAUACAGCCAUCUUCGGUAAUGUUGCAAUAAUUGCAAUAGGUGAUUUUUAUCAAUGUUCACCUGUUGCUGCAUCAAGCAUUUAUUCUUCAUUGCUUUGGUCUGAUCAUUUCGAAUAUGUUGAACUUACGAUCAAUGAAAGACAAAAGACAAGUUUUUCAUUUUCUCAAAUGUUGAAUCGUAUCCGAAAGCUAAAGAAAAAAGAGGGUAUGAACAAAGAAGAUCGUGAAAUACUUGAAAAAUGUCAUCAACGAUAUUUAAACAAAGAAUAUCAUUCUGAAGCACUACAUCUAUUUCCUAAAAAUGAUCAAGUCGAUGCACAUAAUGAACAAAUGAUUGAAAAAAUUUGUAUCAAUAUACGAACAUUUUAUGAAGUUGAUAAUCAUAACAGAGAAAUAAAACCGAAUGAUAAUAAAUCUACGAAAAAGAUGAAUAAAGUACUAAAACUUGCUAAAAAUGCAAGAGUAAUGAUAAUAAAAAAUAUCUGUGUCAAUGACGGAUUGGCCAACGGUGUAACUGGUCGUAUUGUAGAUUAUGUAGAAAAUAGUAAUUCACAAGUUUCUCAUAUAAAAAUCAAAUGUGACUCAACUAAAGUUGGACGUCUACAUCGAAUCAGUUGUCCAUAUUGUCAUGGGCAAGAUACAAUAUGUGUAACACGAGAAAGUGACGCUAACGGUCAACAAGAUGCAGAUUUUCGAUCAAAAAAAGGAAUAAAACAAUUUCCUUUACGUCUCAGCUGGGCUAUGACUAUUCAUAAAGCUCAAGGUAUUACUGUUGAUCAAGUUGUCGUCAGUACGAAAGAUUUUUUCGGUAGUGGAAUGGGUUAUACAGCAUUGUCUCGUGUUCGAAAUUUAGAAGGUUUAUUUCUCAUUGAUACACAUUUCGAUAAAUUCUACUGUAAUGAGAAUAUCGAUCGAGUUCUUUCUCAAAUGAAAGAGAUAAUAAGAAAACCACCAAUAUUCCAACAAUCUUCAAAUUAUUUAAACAUACUAUUUCAUAAUAUUGAAGGAUUGAAAUGUAACUUUAAUGCGUUUAGAAAUCAUCAUUUAACUCAAAAUGCAGAUUUAAUUUGUCUGACAGAGACAUGGUUAAAUUAUAAAAAUCAUAAUAAUAAAAAUUUUGAAAUGGAUGGAUAUCACCUGAUUCAUAAAUCAAGAUCUUCUUCAUUUUCUAAAAAUCAUCCACUUCAUUCCAAGGGGGAAACAGCGUACUCUCGUACUCCCGUACUCCGUGUACUCCUUGUACUCCACGUACUCCCUGUACUCCCUGUACUCCCUGUACUCCACGUACUCCCUGUACUCCACGUACUCCCUGUACUCCACGUACUCCCUGUACUCCACGUACUCCCUGUACUCCACGUACUCCCUGUACUCCACGUACUCCCUGUAC